GUUGUGUGUGUGGUCAAGAUGGCCGCCAGUGCUGGUCGCUCAUUGGCUGGAUUUUCGUGACAAUAGUUGUAGCUGGAGGUGAAGUAUGAUGCCGGAACUAUCUAUCAUCACCACCCACUACCUGCUACUCUAAAACACCCACCCGCCCACACUCCCGCCCACUUGCACCCAUCACGCCCGCGCUAUUUCAGAAGUGAUGGAGACAGUUCUAUAUUCCGGGGUGAGUCUUGAACUUCCAUCGGAAAUAUGCGAAGACAUAUCAUUGUUAUUUGAAAUUCUUUCUCCAGACACCUGGAACAAUCACCUCACCGAUGAUCACCGUGAAAUGCUAAUGGGUUUUCUACCAGAGUUUUCUCAUAAUGACCUAGAAGAGAAAACACGUACCUUAGAGAUGUUCUUCAUGGAUGAAAACUUCAGGUUUGGAACACCACUUAGAUUAUUUCACGAACAGCUCUGCAAAGGUUUCUUCAAUCCUGAAAUUUCUAAGAUGAGAGCCAUUCACAAGAAGAUUAUGUACAAAGAAUACAGGUACCGACAAAAGCAGUAUCUCCAUCACACACUUGAGGAGGUCUUAGUUCGGAGAAAACGUGUAUUGGACAUAGUGAGCAGCAUGCCUCCUGAUGAUAUUCCCAAGAUACCACGACUUCCUCCAUUGCACAAUAAAAAGAAGAGUUCUCGUACAUCAAUUGAAUAUUGUUCCAAAAAGCGCUACUUCCGUGAACUGGCAGCGAUCCGAGCAGAAGUGGGAGAUACCAGCGACAUGUCUGAAGAUGAAAUAUAUCCAGAGGGACCAGGAGCUUCGCUCAAUAAAAAACAGCGUCGACAGUUGGGUGGGCUGGAAGGAUCACUUCCGUCAGAUUUGUUACCAGUGAGGGCAACACAUAGCAGCGGCUCUCUUGCAUUGGACCUAGAGCUCAAAAUAACACCCACAAGUAACCCAUUGGAUCUGACAGAUGAUCAUUUUAGAGCAAUGCUUGCUGCUCACAGACUUCGAAGAAGUAAAAGAGAGGCUUCGGUUGACCUGGACACUCGGGGCAUAACACUUCAAGAUAUUAUAUCUCGAGCGCAAAUCCAGAUGAAACGGCCUCCACAAAGAGCUAUUAUGUCUCCUCUGACACUUGAAAAACCCAAGAAAAAAAUUAAAGUAAAAAAAGAAUCUUCAUCCAUACUGGUCUCUUCCAAUCACUUGGAUCUUCCCAUGACCAUAAAAACUGAGCUUGCGAGCGAUUCAGAAUCUUCGUCCUCUUCGUCUUCGUCCUCGUCGGUCAGUGACUCUGAAGAAAUUGAAAUAAAGAAGGAAGCGCCAGUUGUCUCUCCAUCCAUUAAAAAGAGGAUUGGUGCUAAAGGUGUUAAGAUCAAGUUAGAACCUUUGGAAUCUUCAACUCCGAGCGAAGAUAUUGAUAUUGGAGGACUUGGAGUGGAGCCUUUGGUGAAGGAAGAGGAGGAUCAGCAUCAACAGCAGCAGCAGCACCAGCAGCAGCAUCAUCAGCAACAGCAACAACAGCAGCAGCAACAGCUUAAACUGGAGAUCAAGGAGGAACCAAUGGAGGAUCAAGUAACUGCUGCAAUAGAAACGUCAUCCGAGUUAACAGCAGCACUUGAGAGUAUCGGUGCUUGUAUUGCUCCUGAGCUGACUCAAGAGACCCACAUCUGCUUCUUCAGCCUCAUCAGAGAUAUUAUAUGUUCUACCGGGGAGCAGAGGAUGACUCGAGCCCAGCUAGAGUCUAGUAUCAGAGUGUGGCAGGAGUCUGCUAUCUCUCCGCUCAAUGAGUGGUACUCUCUUGUGCCAUCUUGGGUUAAUAUUCUCCCCUCUGCAAUUAAUUUUCUUUGUGGACAUUUUACAGAUGUACAACCUGCCGACUUUGUACCUUACAUAGAAUACAAGAGUAUGCUCCGAGUAUACCAGUGGAUUGGUGCCGGACGAGACAGUGAUGGACACUUAGAGCCUCUUGCUCAAUUUUGGCUGGCUAAUAAAUCAUCUAUGAGUAGUGAGUGGAUAGAAGAUGACAUUUUAGGAUCUAGGUUAGAAAAUGAGGAGAGCGACAUCAUUCCACCUCCAAGAUGCUAUACUUCAUGGACAGUGCAGCCUGCCACGGACUCUGAGAAGGACAUGUACCGAGCACAAGAGAAACUCAGAUAUGAAAAGCCACACAAAGCAUAUACAUUCAGGAUGCAUGGGUAUGAAAGUGUGGUUGGUCCGGUCAAGGGUAUUUAUACCCAGCAGACAGGACUGAACAAAGCUAGAGGUCAUUCCUUGUUAGUUCCUGACAGACCUGCGUAUGUUACAAUCCUCUCUCUUGUUCGUGAUGCUGUUGCUAGGUUACCUAAUGGGGAAGGCACACGGUCAGAUAUCUGUGAGCUGUUGAAAGAAUCUCAGUAUUUGGCUCCUUUAAUCAAUUCAACGGCAGAAAAUAAUCUCAAUAGCGUUGUGUCUGGGGCACUGGACAGACUCCACUAUGAAAAUGAUCCGUGCGUCAAAUAUGACACCCCACGUAAGCUCUGGAUUUAUCUGCAUCGCAACCGAAAUGAGGAGGAAUUCGAACGAAUGCAUCACUUGAAUGGACCUGGUGGUAAUAAAAUAAAGAAACCGGCUCCUAGGAGACAGAGUAGAGCAAAGGCUAAGGAUCCUCUCAAUAUGAAGGGUCCUCCCAAUGUUGCUCUGGAACCCACAUCUUCUCCCACUAAGGUUGAAAGUGCUCAAGUGAAACUUAAGCCUGAAGAAGUUGCAGCUUUAACAAAAUUAAAGCCCGAGAGCCCGGUGAAGUUGGAAGCAAUAAAUUCUGCAAGUGUCGGGAAGGCGGUUACGUCUGUGAGAGUUGGCGGAGUGAGAGGUUCAGUAGGCGCAAGCAGUGUGCAGACAAUUCAGGUUUCUACUGCAGGAGGUGUACAGACCAUCAAGGUAGCUCUUCCACCAGGAGCCCAGACAAUUACCAAGGUUACACCUCAGGCUCUAACAAAGGUGCCAACAUCUACUAUUGCCAAGGUUGGAAGUCCAACUAUCAACAGAGUACCGACUCAGGCUCUGGGUAAAGCUGGGAACACAGCCAUUAAAGGCGUAAGUUUACAACAGUCAGUACUACAGUCACCUGUGUCUGGACCUACAAUAUCACCAGAGUCAUUACUGAGCACACAACAAAUCACAAGCUUGCCUUCAGGUACUUUAGGUCAGGGGAAGAACCGUGCUCCAGUGGUAACAUUAACCACUAGAGAAGCAGCCAGACUUCCAGCACCAUCAGUGUCACAAACAAGACCAGGUGCUGCCUCAGCCACUGCCUCUCCAGCCAACCAGCAGCAUGCUACACAGACUGUUCUUGCUUCACAAGUCACAACAGCUGGUGUUGCAGCUGCCAAACUUUCAAAUGCUGCAACAGUAGUCAACAUGAGCACUGCUGCACAGAAGUCAAAUCUGUUUUCCCUGGGUGGUAUUAAGUUGCUACAAGCAGCCCCACAGCAACUUGGAGGUAAGGGUGGAUCAAAUUCAUCAGUAGUCAACUCCAUAACUAAAUUGCAGACAUUAAUGGUCGAUGGGAAAGUGUUGAUGCAAGGAGGAAAGAUUGCCACUGUGGAGAGUCUUCUGAGUCAGGCGGACAAAACCACACAACUACAAGGUGGAGUUAUAACUACAAUGGCAGGUAACAAACUGGCAGGCGGGAAUGUUAUCCAACUCUCGGGGAGCACUGGUGGUGUACAGAGACUGACACUGGUAUCUCCACAAGGGUCUCACGUUCCCCUGGGUGCAGCAAGUCAGCGCCUUGUCCUAGCCACUGGGUCCCAAGUACAGCUUGCUGGAAAGUUAGACGGUACUGGGAGCAAGGCUCAAGUUGUUCAGACCAUCCAGACCUUGCAACCAGGGAGUCAUGUCAUGCAGACAAGCCACGGAACAGUUACCACCACCAGCACUGGCAGUAGCACCACCACAACACCCUCUCUUACCAGUACCACCACGCAGGUCGUCACUACUCCUGUAGCCUCUACACCUACUGCUCUAACCACCUCACAAGCAAGAUUUUUCUCUGUAGGUCAACAGCAAAAAACUAUCGUUCAGGGUAUAAAUAUGAGCGGCAAACCUUCGAUGCUCUCCAGUGGGGGUAUUCGUCUAGUACAACCAACUGCCGGCGGAGGUGGAGGUGGCACUGUUGUUGCAGGUGGAUCAACAGCAACUGGUAACCUCAUUACAAUUGGUGGCAAGCAAGUGCUACUUACAUCUAAACCUUUCACACAACAAGGACAACUGCAGCAGCUGAUGUUAACUAGCGGAAGUUUAAAAGGCGGACUACAAGGUAGCCAAGCAACUCAGACUGCAGCAAGUCAGGGUGCAGUAGUAGUAGCUAGUGGAGCAGGUGGACAACAGAUUGUCCUGCCAGCCUCUGCUCUCCAGGGCUCUCAGCUCAAUCUUAAAGGUCUACAGGCCUUUCAUACUCUGAAAGUAAUUCCAGCAUCCCAAGUCACACAGCAGCAGAGAGGGAAGCCGGUGUUAGCACGAAUAGUAUCGCCCACUUCAGUCAGAGGAGCGGUACCAGCUGCUUCUAUACCUAAUACUUUGUCCUCGUCACACGAUUCUUCUAAAUCCUAGGAUAAAAAAAAAAAAAAAGUUGUACAAAUCGUCUAAAAUAAAAGGUAUUCAAAUAAUUUAAAUUGUUCCCUGGGUUAGUAAAGUAAUUCCUAAACUUUCACUUAAAUAAUAAGUUAUUUCACUUUCUUCUAAAUGGAGAAAAAUUUGCAUUGGUUUUCCAACUACAGUGGACCCCCGCAUACCGUUGGCAUCACAUAACGUUAAAUCCGCAUAGCGAUACAUUUUAUCACUAAAAUUUUGCCUCGCAUAGCGAUAAAAAACUCGCUCAACGCUAUUCGUCCGAGACGCGUCUAUGUGAGGCCUGAGCCAGCCUCACAUGUUCCGCCGGUGGCAUUGUUUACAAGCCAGCCUCCGCGGUAACAUCCAAGCAUACAAUCGGAACAUUUCGUAUUAUUACAGCGUUUUUGGUGAUUUUUAUCUGCAAAAUAAGUGACCAUGGGCCCCAAGAAAGCUUCUAGUGCCAACCCUGUGGUAAAAAGGGCGAGAAAUAUCAAAAUACUGUGGUACCAUGGUCAACUGCUGAUGCUGAUGCUGCUGCUGCUCUAGCACUGUCGUUGGUGUGGCUUAUUGAGAAUACCAAGAAACAAUUAACCCCAGAGGGUUAGCCACCCAGGAUAACCCAAAAAAGUCAGUGUCAUUGAAGACUGUCUAACUUAUUUCCAUUGGGGUCCUUAAUCUUGUCUCCCAGGAUGCAACCCACACCAGUCGACUAACACCCAGGUGAACAGGGAAAAAAUGUCUGGAACUAGUGCUCAUAUUGGUGAAUUUAAAGCCAGCAAAGGUUGGUUUGAGAGAUUUAAGAGUCGUAGUGGCAUACACAGUGUGACAAGGCCUGUUCUGGAAGAAAAUGCCAAACAGGACCUACAGUACUCAGAAGGAAAAGGCACUCCCAGGACACAGUGUCUCAUCAGUCAUUGCUGCAUCUUCAAUAAAGGUAAGUGUCAUUUAUUCUUCAUUUAGUAGAGUAGUACAUGCACAAUAUAUAUUGUGCAUGUAUCCUUCUCUUUGUGUGUAGGAAAAUGUAUAUUUCAUGUGGUAAAAAUUUUUUUUUCAUACUUUUGGGUGUCUUUCACGGAUUAAUUUGAUUUCCAUUAUUUCUUAUGGGGAAAAUUCAUUCGCAUAACGAUAAUUUCGCAUAACAAUGAGCUCUCAGGAACGGAUUAAUGUCGUUAUGCGGGGGUCCACUGUAAUUUACACAUUUUCAUUAAUUAUCUGGAAAGGGCCUUUUUUUUUUUUUUACAAGAUAUUAAAUGUUAUGCGUCGUUGAGUCCAAGACGUCGUAUUUCAAAUUUAAAGUAAAAAUUGUCCAUUAGAGAAUCAUAGUGUAAUACAGUAAUUACAUCUACUGAUACUAUUAUCAGCAUUGAAUAUACAAAGAUUGGUUUUUAAAAUAUGCUAUAGUAAUUCUAUCACUGGUGUACAAAACAAAAUAUAACAGUGUUUUAUUCCUUUUGGUUUGUAAAAUUUUGAUCUUUACAAAGUUUUGCCGACAAGGCAAAAAAAAAAAAAUGGAGAGUAAUGGUAUAAAAUACCAGAACGAUGGAGAGAGAGAAAUACAGUAUAAUGCUAAAAUUUGAUCCUGUAAGGACACCUUUAUACUAUAUUUGUCUCCUUCCCCACAAUCCUAUGAAGUACAGUAUAUAGUUGUGAAUUAUGCUUUGUUAUAACACUGUUGUAGGUGACCAUUAUAUACAGUACUAGGGAAAUGUCAAGAUAUUCUGUGAUAGUCAUAUUGACAUAUUUUGUGAAUAUUUCAACACCAUUCAAUAUUUUACAAGGUUGAAUGAAUGUUUAAUACAUGUCUUGAGGUUCAUGUAUAUGAGAUUGAUAUUACAAAUAUAUUGCUGUAAAAUAU